GAGCUGCUUACUGCUUAUAAUCAACGUCAAAUCCAAUCCCAUAUUUCUGAUUUCUCUCAUUUCUUCUUCUCUUUAUAUUUAAUAAUCAUUCUACUUCCUUGCUCUUCUUGUUCUUCUUGUCGUUUGAUUUUUAUAAUUAAUUAUGAUGGGCAACCCAAGCGUACUUCUUGUGCUCUUCUUCUUCUUUAUCGCAUUCAAUCUCACUGUAGCUCAUUCCCUUCCAUUCAUCGUCUUGCAUGGCAUUGGAGAUAGAUGCAAGAAUCAUGGAAUCGGAACCUUUGUUAAAGAACUAAGUGAAUGGUCUGGAGCACAAGGAUACUGCUUAGAAAUUGGAAAUGGAUCAUGGGAUUCUUGGACCAUGCCCCUAUUAAAACAGACAUCUAUUGCCUGUGAUAAGGUAAAGAAGAUGAAAGAGCUUAGACAGGGUUACAACAUUGUUGGACUUUCUCAGGGAAACUUGAUCGGUAGAGGGCUUAUUGAAUUUUGUGAGGGAGGACCUCCUGUAAAGAACUUUGUAUCCCUUGGAGGUCCACAUGCUGGCACUGCUUCUGUUCCAUUGUGUGGAUCUGAGUUUGUAUGCACUCUUGUGGAUAGUAUCAUCAAACUUGAGGUCUACAGCAAAUUUGUGCAGCAACAUCUUGCUCCAAGUGGCUAUGUUAAAAUACCAACAGAUAUUUCUGACUAUAUUGAAGGCUGCAAUUUUCUUCCAAAGCUUAAUAAUGAAAUAAGUACUGAAAGGAAUUCCACAUACAAGCAACGAUUUGCUAGCUUACAAAAUUUAGUACUCAUCAUGUUUGAGCAGGAUACGAUUUUAAUACCAAAAGAAACAGCCUGGUUUGGUUACUUUCCAGAUGGGGCAUUUCAUCCUGUUUUGGCACCACAGCAGACUAAGCUCUAUAUUGAAGACUGGAUUGGCUUAAGAACUCUAGAUGAAGCUGGGAAAGUUAAAUUCAUUAGUGUGUCAGGGGAUCAUCUUGGAAUCUCAAGCAAUGACAUGAAAACUUACAUAGUGCCAUAUUUAGAAGACCAAAAAUCAACAGUUUCAAGGCCAAAAAUUGAAGAAUCUUUAUUUCAUGUUUGGAUUUCUUCCAUCCGGAGUUCUCUAUUGAAGAUGGUUGGGCUGAAUCAAGACUUGAAAUUCUUGAAUUAACAGAGAAAACAAAAAGGGUUAAGUAAAAAAAAAAAUGAAAUAGCUAUUAAUCAGUGGAGUGCAGUGGAAAACAAUUCUAUAUUUCUAUCCUUAUUACAUGAUGUUUUGUAGUUUUUCUUAUUGUAUUGUCGGUAUUGAUUAUUAUUCCAGAACUUUAUUUUUCUGGCCUUGAAUGCAAAUUUGAUCUCGAGUGAAUAUUUCUUUGUUGUAUAAUGAAGUAUUGUACACUGUUA